AUGCUCAUUAGCGGAAAGGCAAAAUUUGAUGUUUUGAUUGCAAACAUUAACUCACCUGAUCUCCAUGGAUUUAAGCUUCUACAACAGGCAGCCAACAUGGGCUUGCCCACUAUCGUGAUGGCAAAUGAUGAUAACACACACAUGGCAAUGAGGGCUCUCGAGUUUGGAGCGUUCCUUUAUGUCAAGAAACCUUUGACUAUGGAGAUUCUGAAAUGCCUUUGGCAACAUGUCCUAAGAGAAAAAACAAGCAUGAUAAGAGAAAGGAAUAUUUUGCAGAAUCCUAAUAACUCGGAAUUAAUGAUGAUGAAUAAGAACAAGGGAAAAUCGAAGAAGAGUACUAUAAAUAGGGACAACAUUGAAGAAUUUGAGUAUGAACAUCUGAAUCGUGCGACGAACAACAAUAAUGUGAAGGGAAAAAUGUGCACUGAGUGGACACAAGAGUUGCACGCGAAAUUCAUGGCUGUUGUUGAUGAACUUGGCGAAGGGAAAUGUUUUCCUAAAGAUAUUUUGGAGCUCAUGAAUGUGCCUGGACUUACCAGAAUGCAAGUGGCAAGCCAUCUGCAGAAAUGUCGCAAUGACAAAUGGCGUUCUCCUUUCGAGCGAAAGUCUCAACAAGCUGCUCAACCUGUGCUCUCCGACCCCAACGGGCCCAUGCCGAAGCCCAGAAAAUUUGGGUCUAAGCCCUUCAUGAAGACUUAUUCGGCCCAAUCCAAUGAUUUCUAUUCUCCCAAACAGGGAUCCGAAGCCCAGUAUGGAGAUGAAAUACCCAACACUAAUGGGACUCCUUUGAGCAUUCCACCAAUGACUAAUGCUUCUGAUAAUUAUCAUCAGCAGCUGCAUUUUGAGCUGAUGGGGCCCGAUUUUGGCACUUCACAACUUGAGGCAAACUAUAUAAACCAUAGGCACUCGGCUGAUAAGUUCUUUAGCUUCCAUGAUGUGGACUGUCUCGUUCAGAAUUUCCCGGGCUUUUCAAACGAAUUCGGGCUGAAUCACUUCCCGAGUGCCUAUAACUUCACCCCAACUUACCAUGACCAGAACUCAGGUGAGAGCAAGAGCAAUUGGAGUCCGAAUACAUCAAACUUUGAGAGGGACCAAUCAGCUGAAACUGGAGUCCCUGAGUAA